AUGGAAGCAAUUAUCUCCUCAGUGACCCUUCUCCUUCUUCUUGCUCCGCCUUCUUCCUCCGCAUUGGAGGAAGCGCUUCCCGGCCCCGGCCAGCUUCUGUCCAGCAGGCGGCGCUCCUUAACUUCCAGUACUGUCCCCAGCAACAUAAUUCAGCAGUAUCUACUUCCCCACAACAGGCUGAGGGCAGAGGUGGGGCUCCCUCCGCUCCAGUGGAGCGAGAGCCUAGCCAGAUUCGCCGCGCGCUGGGCUCUCCAGCGGCGGGGAGACUGCGAGUUGAUCCACUCGGAUUCCGACUACGGGGAGAACCUCUUCUGGGGGAGCGGAAGGGACUGGCAGCCGGGAGAUGCAGUGGCUGCGUGGGCGGCGGAGAAGAGUUACUAUAACUACGAGAGUAAUUCGUGUACUGGGAAGAAGGAUUGCUGGCAUUAUACCCAGAUGGUUUGGAGGCAGAGCCGGAGAGUUGGGUGUGCCAAAGUGACGUGUAGGAGCGGAGACACCCUCAUCGGCUGCAACUAUUUCCCUCAUGGGAAUGUGAUAGGCCAAAAGCCUUUUUAGUGGCAUGGACUUAGGCCAAAAGUCUUUUUAGUGACAUAGACUUAGACGAUACGAAAACGGGAAAUGUUUUUUAUACGAAACGAAAAUGUUGAAACGGAUAUUAUUUAAACGAAAUUGUUGAAACAGAUAUUAUUUAAAAAAUAUAAGUAUAAAUAAGGUUUAAAACAAAAAUCAAAAACGUUUUAAAAAUAGAAAAAUGACACAUCCAAGAAGUUUC